GUGAAGCCAAGAUCGCGAAAAUGGUCAAGCUCCUCCUUUCCCUCUUACUGAUUGCGCCCGCGGCUGCAUUUCUGUCGACGUCAUCGCAUGCCCGGGGCUCGCACACUCAGGUCUCCGAGACUAAGGAUGAUCUUGCUGUUCUCGCAGGCGAGCUCAAUCCAGUGGUUGGCUUUUGGGAUCCUCUUGGCUGCCUGAACCUCGACUUCUGGCAACUUGGGACCGAGGGCACAAUCGGGUACCUCCGCCACGCGGAGAUAAAGCAUGGCCGCGUCGCGAUGGCCGGUUUCCUUGGCUAUCUAGUGCAGUCCACCGAUUUCGUCUCUGGACCGCAUAAUAAUCUACCUUUCCCGGGUUACGAGGCGGGCCUCACCCCCCCCGAGCAGUGGGACGCCAUACCACUCUGGGGCAAGAUCCAGAUUGUCACCUUUGUUGGCAUGCUCGAGUCCUAUGGUGAAUUACUCCCUGUUCACUACACAAAGGGCGGUGUCCCUGGCUACUACCCACCCAUCAAAGGCAACCGUCCCGAACUCGUACUCAAUCUCUACGACCCCUUCAACUUCUUCUCGCGUAUGACCCCAGAGGCUAAAGAAGCUGGCCUCGUGAAGGAGAUUAACAACGGCCGCCUUGCGAUGAUUGGCCUUUUCUCCUUCCUUGCCGAAGCCCGAGUUCCGGGUUCGGUACCUGUCCUUACGGGCAUCAUUCCUCCAUACAACGGGAACAUCAUGAUUCCCUUCGAAGGCGACUUCUCCUUCUUUGGCUAGGAGCGGCUGGCCACCACCUUGCACGAGUGCAGACGAAGCUCAACACCGCACACUAAGCCCCGGGUGCGCGACCAAGGCCGAAAACAAGGGCUGGGCGCGCCCAUAGAAGUAUUUAUUCAUUAUUUGCGGCCGCCGGCCGUAGUAUGUC